UCCGUGGUGCGCGGACCGCGCAGCGCCACGCAGCAGGAGACACCUGACGUUCGUUCGACAACAGUGGACUUGACGUGCUCAGCUGCGACACCAAGGAUCGGCUGAGAGCUGGCGCCGACCAGCGAGUUCUUCGGAGUCUCCAUCCUGUAUGCAGCUUACAGACUUCGACGCUCUCCUCGACCGUGAUUGUGUGUUUUGUUCGAGGAGCUGGUGUGCUAGUGAGUGAGACCGCAUGUCACCGCUUCGACCCACCACAGCGCCUGUUUCGACGCACCGUGAAUGUACCGCUGAUGAGGAAGUGAUUGAACACGUGGAUUCCUAACACGUUCUACCUGCCGCUUGUGCCUCUAUCGUCGCGAAGCCUAUCGUACUCGUUUGUCGGGCAAAUCGUCGGGCAUCAUGUCUUCCGUGAGGCGGCGUGCCCGGACCCCACUAGGGAGUCCCACUUACUACGCCAGCUCAGCCUUCUCAGUCUCGUCGUCGCCCUUCGACGCCUCGCCUCGGUCCAGGUCGGCGCUGCACCAGAGCUCCCUGGACCUCAACAAAGGACGCAACCCAUCGCUCUCGCGUAGGUUUAGGGACAGCAGCUGGGGAUCCUCGGAAUGUCUUUUCAGGCCCAGUUCGACAGCGUUGGCCUCGACGGCGAACUACGUUCUGUCCAACAUGGGCGCCGACUUCCAACGAUGUCGCUCACCAGCUCGGGGUUUCACGCCACCGCCACCCUUGCGGAGGUUUGGACGCGAUUCCAGCCCGUCUCCCGUGUCCAGUUACUACAAGUCCACAUAUGCAUCAUCCUGGUACGACGAGUACCGACCCAUAUUGCGCGAGCGACCCGCCCUCGCCACCUGCGACCGACCGGCGAGAGGAUCCAAGGAGAGGCGCGAAUCUAUGGGCAUUAUUACCAGGCACCGGCACGUCGUAAAGUUCAGGGAGGACCCGACGUUGCACGAGUCGAGCCCGGUCGUAUCCCGAACGAGGCAAGACGGCUCUGGUCAUAGCACACGUUCCGUUGACUCUGGAAUCGGCAGCUUUAAGGAAUGUCAGUCUGUUCAGUCGCCGGUUGACCUCGAAGACAUCUUGGGCCUCGACGCACCACCGGUUGUUCUGGAAGAGCUUAGGCGUGACUUGCUACCUGCGACAACUGCAAUCAAGGAAGUGGAAGCGAAGCUCAGUGAUGAUUUAGCCGCCACUGUCCAGAAAGACCAUGCAGAUGACCGCGUCGGAAGAAGACGGAGGAUGAGAAACCGAACUGCCUCGGAAGAACUUCUAAGCUCUGCUACUUCUAGUGUGUCACAACAAAGCGAAAGCUCAACCAUUUCUAAGCAGCGCACGCGAUCGUCUAGACCUGACAAAGCCGAAAUCAAUGGACUUGCACAAAAGCAAGACGUAACCGAUGGAGAAACAACACCCACGAUCGAACUUCCGAAGGUGAGCGAGAUGUACGAGACUGUGGUCGUAAAGCUCAAGAAGCCAAAAGGCAAAAACUUGUCAGGAGAUAUCUCUCCGGUGCCUGAUACCGUUGGUAGCGUAGCGCAUUGCCUUCCUACCCCUAAUGGGCAUUGCGUCGAAGCCAGUGAUGAAUCUGUACAAGCAAGAACGCGAGAAAUAUCUCCAGCUGUAGUCACAGUGGAACUUCCCCCAAAGAAAACGGAUAAUUCCGCUCAGGAAACAGUCCAUGACAGCAAAGCCAUGACUACUUCAGCUGCAAACACAUUACAAGGACUGAAAAAAGUGCCAAAAACUGGUAAGGUAGCUUCUUCUCUCGCCCAGUUAAAGACGGGUAAAAAACCGGAACAAGAUCAGUCCAAAGCAAAAAAAGAUGCAAAGGCUCUUAGUCCGUCGCCUAAAUCUAGUCAACCAUCUACUCCAGAAGCUCGAGACAAGCCCAAGCUAGUCAACAAAGUGACUCCAACCAUGCCGAAGCUCGGCACUCAAGAGCAAUCAAAAUCUAAAACGGAGGACGUGAAGCCUCCGACCACUUCAAACGUAACUGGUUCGCAGCUGGCUGCUUCUAAGCUUCAAAGUUCCGCUGUGCCGCAACCUAAACAGCAAGUGCCAGAAGACGCACCGACACCUCAAAGGUCUGACAAGAAGCCGCCAUUCCAAACGCAGCAGCAGCAAAAGCUGGAGCCAAAUUCGACACCUGUGGACAAACAUCGGGAUGUUGACAUUAUAAAGCCUGCUCCUAAGGAGGCUGUCACGUCCAAAGGGCCUCAACCAAAAGUGGUUGACACAAAACAGGAGAGCACCGAGAAAUCGAGCCCCGUCGCCGACAUGACAGCCAAAAAGACAGCUCUUGGUAUGCUUGAGUUCCGCAAGAAAGAACCACAGGGAAGGCUAGCGUUCAAGUCCAAAGAGCCUCAGGGAAUGCUCGAGUUGAAAAAGAAGCAACCUAUACCAAUGGGGCCUCCCCCAGAGGCCAUGGUUACUUCGAAAUCUCGAGACACGGUCCCACCGUCCAAACCAACGCAGGAGCCUCAGCUUGCGCCCACGCCUCCUCCCAAGAAAGAGACACCAGCUGUAGCACAGCAAGACAAGAUCCCACCAGCUGGACCGAGACCUGCCAUUCCCACUUCGCUUCCACUGAAAAAGCGUUCUGCUGCGCUUCCCGACCUGUCUUCGCCCAUAUUGGACAAGCCGCAACCACUUGCAACUGCACCGCGUGCCGGUUCAGCCGAAGCCAAAGUGGAUAAUCGCCUCAAUAAGAUUAGGCGCAGCAAAGAUUCUGAAUCGAGUGGUCAUUCUGUGCUCUCGAGUUCAUCGGGUUUGACCGCCCUUUCCCCGCUUGCUUCGCCGCAGGUUGAAACUGUGACUACACCACCAUCGACACCCGACACCGGUGAGCCACCAGGCAAAACACCACGGAAAGUGAAGAAGGUGAAGAAGGUGAAGAAGGCGUCCAAAAUCAAGAUUGCCAGCUUAGCGAGUGGCUCUAGUAGCAGCGGCAGUAGCUCGAGUGCAAAACGAAGCGCCAAGAAGGCAUCCCAGGAACUGGAAUCACCGACGGCCUCCGAACCGGCCACCAGCGGGGCGAGUGCUCCCGCAAUUCUAAGUGCGACUGUAGCCAUCGAAGCGGUUGUCGAACCUACGGAAUUGGUUGGUGAACCGUUGCGGACAGCGGACGUUGCACCAAAGCAAAAGCAGCCGGACGAAGACGCUGGAGCGGACGCGUCAUGCGAGUGCAAGGUCAACUGCCACAAAAAAUGCGAGAAGCACAUGGCGAACCUGUGCGGGGUCAACCAGAAGCUCCUCUCCGAGGUCCUCGCCACGGUCAAGAAAGAUAUGGCGACCUCUCCGCCAGCAGCGGGGACACCUGGAGGAGGAGGUGGAGGCAAGACCCGCGCGGCCGCUGCCCAGGAAGAGGCGGCGAAGACGUCUGCCUUGCCUGCCUCGCCACGUCGGUCAUCGACCAUCGCGGACCUCUCAGAAGUUCGCCAGCAGCUGUACUACAAAGAACAGGAGCGCAAGGAGGAAGAGAGGAGAGCAGAGGAAGCGGAAUCAGCCUCUCGUCCUCCACUUCCGGGCAGCCGGUCGGCGCCGCAGACACCAACGCAGGAAGAGCGAGUCAAGUUCCGCAAGUACAACCUCACAGACUUCAACCUGCUCAAGGUUCUCGGCAAGGGCAGCUUCGGCAAGGUGCUGCUGGCCGAGCUGAAGGGCACCAAGCGCCACUACGCGGUCAAAUGCCUCAAGAAAGACGUUGUGCUGGAGGACGACGACGUCGAGUGCACCCUCAUCGAGAGGAGGGUGCUGGCCAUGGGCACGCAGCACCCGUUCCUCUGCAACCUCUUCUGCACCUUCCAGUCACAGAGCCAUUUAUUCUUUGUUAUGGAGUUCCUGAAUGGAGGCGAUCUGAUGUUCCACAUCCAACAGUCCGGAAGGUUCGACCAAGAUCGAGCAAGGUUCUACGCCGCCGAAAUCGUCUGCGCCCUUAAAUUCCUUCAUAAAAGGGGCAUCGUGUACAGAGACCUGAAGCUGGACAACGUGCUGCUGGACCAGAAGGGCCACGUGAAGAUCGCCGACUUCGGCAUGUGCAAGUGCGGGCUCGCCGACGCCGAGAAGACGUCCACCUUCUGCGGGACGCCGGACUACAUCGCGCCUGAGAUCAUCAAGGGACAGCACUACAACCAGUCAGUGGACUGGUGGUCGUUCGGCAUCCUGACCUACGAGAUGCUCAUCGGUCAGUCACCUUUCAACGGCACCGACGAGGACGAACUGUUCUGGUCAGUCUGCAACGAGGAGGCCUACUAUCCGAGGUUCCUGAGCCGAGAGGCCAAGUCCCUCCUGGUCCUGCUGCUGGACAAGAACGCCGAAACGCGUCUGGGCAUGCCCGGCUGUCCGGCGGGUGACGUGUGUGACCAGCCCUUCUUCCGAAACAUCCAGUGGGAGAAGCUCGAGAACAAAGAGAUCGAGCCUCCGUUCAAGCCCAAACUGAAAAACACGGCGGACGUGAGCAACUUCGACAGCGACUUCACGAUGGAGAAGCCCGUGCUGACACCCAUCGACCCGCAGAUCUUGGCCUCCAUGGACCAGGAGCAAUUCAAGGGCUUCAGCUACACAAACCCAGCCAUGACCGACUGAGGGCAGCAGUGCUGCGGAGUCAAACCACGCGGCAUGAAGUGUAUACUGGGGUGCCUCGAUGCACGCGACGCCCCAACGACAGAAAGCAACUGUGAUAUGCGGCACAGCCUGCUGUAUUCAUUUUUUUAAGGUGCUGCCACCACGAACGUGUGGCUGUACAGGUUGACAGGUGGAGCUUUUUCUAACAAAGCCGGCUUGCUGCAUGCAACGCUGCGCCAGGAAGAACCGGAUGAAGCACAUAGUCAUCCUGACGUCUCUUACUUGCGGCCGAUAUAUAUAUGUACAGCCGAUAUUCGACUCGUGGGUACACAGCAAUGUUCGCGCUACAACUUUCCUCCGGAGGUAUUCAAAUUUUGAGACUCUUAGAGGCGUACUUCCACACAAAAAAUCAUUGACGGCAGAACUUUUAAAAUAUUGUUUGCGUAGGUCAGCACCAAACAAUACGCGCAUGCUGUACAUGGCAGGGUGAGAGUGAGCCAUUCGUAUUCACUAAAGUAAUCGUAUGUGCACAUAUUCUUGCAAGCGCCAAAAUAUGUAUUCCCGCGUUGGCAUCCAGUCUGUCUUCUGUAGUUAAGAUAGUUGCUUCUGUUUGCCAUGUUUAUGUACAGAUCAAACUAAAAUAGCUCAUAUUUACCCCUCGGCAAGUUGUGGGCCAGGUGAAUCAUUUGUCACAAAUGUGGCUCUAUACCAAUCAACACUGUUUUUACUUACGGCGGCCGCUAUAGGGCUACAGCCAAAAAUAACUUUCUAGUCUGGUGCAAGAAGUCUAUGGUGAAAAAUAUCAAGCACACUCACGUCAUUCUUCUAUGUAUUAUGAUGCAUAAUAGUCAUAGGCGGUUUCGAUGUUUGGCAUCACCUGAAGGCAGUGGAUUUUAAUGAACUACACGAUGCACGAAAACAACCCACAGUUAGGCUACGGCAAGCAGGAAGCUAUAUGAGUGCUAGAAAAAUAAUUUUCAUUAAAGUGCUAGCAACAGUCAUACUUACGCGUAAUAAGGCAUCUCCCUUAAUAGGACCAAGUAUCAAGUCGGCAAGCAAAUAUAUGUGACAUUUCAAAACACUAGUUUUGCAAGAUUUCCGAGAAUGAGAAGUAUAUACAUUUGAAGCUAUACAUUGAACGCAUUGGAAACUCGCAUUUCUACAUCUGGUGCAAGUGAGUCGACAUGUGAGGCAGUAACUAUGAAAUAAGUUUAUUCAAGGACUGUCAGCAUGAGUAAUAAAGAGCCACUUACACUGAAUUGCUUGGCCAAGAUAAAUUGUUCUGUAUAGACUAGUGAACGAACAGAACAAGGGCGAACCAGACUAAUAGAAAUAAUUUAUCGCAGAUGGCGUCAAAGUGUCAGCUGUGCUGUCCUUGUGCUUACCGUAUGCUGGCAGAGUGAAACAAAAUAAGCAGAAUCUUCAUUUUUUUUUUUGCCCGAAUGAUCACUCUACUCAGCUUUCACUUAAUCUGAAAGGCACAAAAUGUGCAGCAACCAAGCAUAAACCAUCGAGCACACACAUGUUCAUGCCCAAUAAAGCAUUUCAAUCAGGAAAUUUUCUUUAGGGUGGGCAUGGUGCAAAAGCAAGUAAAACACUUGCCAAUUUGUCACAGCAUAUCACGUACCUUUUUUUCUUUAUCGGAUUCUUUUUUGUGUGUGUGUACUGACUGCACAGCAUUCGCGAUAUGCCUCAUCUAUAUUUUACUGCCUGAACAUCACAAAUGUAUAUUGGCAGAAAUGCCAUGCUGUACCACAAGUCCACCAAAGUAAACGUCACUCGCGUAAGAACAAGGUGCUGUUUAACAUGACUGCCUUUCAAACAAGCAAACCCAGAACCCUAAAGGUCACUUCAACUCUACGAAUGCAGAAGGAGGUCGAUAAUCGAUGGUCUGCAAUCACACGUGGGCGCCUGAUGUCUACACGUUGUGGCUAAAGUUAAGAACUUCGUAGCAGGUGCACAGAGCCGGCUGCAGUCGCCUUUAUCCUUCAGAGCUUGUCACUUCUUUCGGCAGUUUUUACUCAUGUUGAGGCUGGUGCACGCCGAAUAUUUUUCAUAACUGAUGCCAAUAUUUGGCCACUACAGGUUACUAAUAAUGUCAUUGCUAAAGCAUUCCUAAAAUAUUUUGUGUAUAUUUGAAGCAAAUAGGUCCUUUUUCUUCAGUAGUUAACUUUCACGGUAGUUUUUCGUCGCACAAAAUUUGUCAGGCAUGUUGGUUAGCGUGGAAAGAAAGACGUACUGAUGCAUUGCAACUGUUGACAGUGGUGUCUUUUGAGGAAAACUGAAAAAAAAAGAAUCGGCACCACCGAUUGAAUCGAUUUCGCAAGAACAUAGAAUCUGGGAGUUGUUCGCUGGUGCUUUGGCUGGUGUGUGACACUUAGAAACCCCGUGCGUUUGAAUACAUUUAUAGGUAAUUGUUAAUAUUAUCACCUCCCCAUGUCGCUACCAUGCUGGAUGUUUUUUUUUUCAUCAUGUUUCGAGCCUACAAAGCGUAGGCAUCAUCAUCAAAUUAGAAUUUUCGUACACAGUGAAAAUGUAUGGUGGCAUUCAUGAAGAUAGUGCAUUGCGCCGCUGUUUUAAUACAAGACUUUGCAAGCUGCUUAGAAUUUUGUGUGGGUCAACCUUGCAGGCCUAGCAAUGAGUGACGGUUGAAUAAUUUGCUUUAUUUAAUUUUGCUUAUUGCACCACCCCCCACUAUUUAUCAUCCAGCUCCAGUCAAGCUAGCUGCUUCAUCACAUGUAAUGUUCAGUAUUAUAGCAGGACAUCUUGCCUACAGCGAUGUCGGCUGACUUCACAAUUCAUGUGGGCAGUGCAUUUAGUGUAAAUCAGACUCAUUUUUGAAUGGCAUCCUCGGCAAGAGGAACGGCAGAACGGCUUCGUUGUAAACAAAUUCACACUUUCUUGUCAAUAAUAAAUAACUGAAAUGUU